AUGGGAUAUAAACGAUUGGUUAUCAAUCGUGUCAGUGAUGCCAUCAAGGAAGAGAUGAGACGAAGACAUGAAUUGCAAUUCGUCUGGAAGACCAGUCCGUCACAUGGCAAGAGUAGCAACAUAUUCACACAUGUACUACCUUAUCACUACUCAUGGCCUGAUGUAAUGAAGGGCUAUGACUAUCGUCAAUUACCAAACAUGGGCAGCAAUGUCUAUCAAUCAUUGGUUCAAACUGGAAGAAGUUACCAACAACUAUUCGGUGGUGCCCCGCAUGUCAUGGUACCAAUGGGUGAUGACUUCACCUACGACUCACUCACUCCAUUCGACUUUAUCGACAUGGCAAUCGCCGUUGCAAAGACGCAACAAGCAAGUACUAAUGUUGUGUUGAGGUAUAGUACUCUGAAUGAAUACUUUGGAGAGUUGGAUGCUUGGUCAGCUCUGAAUGGUAGUGCAUACAAACAGUUCACAGGAGACUUUUAUCCAUAUGGAAGACCUGGUGAUUGGUGGACUGGAUACUUCACCACAAGACCUGAACUCAAAGGAUACUCACGUUUGGCCAUCGGAGAUUAUCGCACUGCUCAAGUAUUCUCAACCUAUGGCGAACAAGUUGAUGGAAUGGGUAGGAGCAAAGACAUGAUCGAGGCUAUUAGAGAUAUAUCGAUAUGCCAACAUCAUGAUGCAAUCACCGGUACUUCAAAGCCUUAUGUUAUGGAUGAUUAUAUUUCCAGAUUGGGAAAUGCAGUUGAUAAGUCAAGAUCUAGCAGCCAAGAUGAGUUGAGUAGACUUCUCCCAAAACAUCCAUCAGUGGCUUAUAAUCGUAAUACAAGGAUAUCAUUCAAUGAUUCAUCAUACGUUCCAGUUAUAAUCACUAACUCACUUGGAUGGGAUGUGACUGAUAUACAUUCUGUUCGUGUUGAUAUAUCACCAACAUCUGGAUGUCCUUAUUCAAUUUGGACGAGAUCAAACAAUGAGAUUGACUUUGAUUGUGUGUUGGAUGUAGAGUCCAGCUCUUUGGAACUGGUGUUCACACUACGUAUCAGUCCUCAAGCUUCAUUCAAUGUAUUCAUCAGUAAUGUGCCUUCAAUCAAGUUCAAACCACAGUUGAUUGUCCCAACUGAUGCUCCUAGCAAUGCCAAUCUCAUGCAGUUCAAGAACAAGUACAUCAAGUUGAACUUUGGCCUCACAACCAAGAUGUUGCAAUCAAUUGAGACACAGGGUGUCAUUCAAGAGGUGAUACACUCAAUCACUCAUUAUGCAGACACUGGUGGUGUCUAUUCAUUCUACAACAUUGAUCGAGCUGUCAAUGCCAACAACAUCAGUAUUCCUGGCCAGCCAAAGGUAUCAAUCGGAAGAUUCAGGAGCACAUACCAAGUUGAUCUGGUCAUUGGAGAGUCAACGUAUCCUUCAAAAAAGGCUCCCCCAGUAAUCAAGAUCAAGUACACAAUCAAGAGAACUGGUUUACAAGAUGUUGAUUCAAAGAUUGGAUUCUCCUAUGUGCUCAGAGGUGAGCCAGAGUUGAUCACUGUUGCCAGGUUCCAAGUCAGUGCAAUCACACCCACCAGACUCUUUGUUGACAACAGCAUGGUAUCAAGCUCCAGACCUACAAUGGAUACAGGGGAUCUACCAUCAUUUGUGAAUGCAGCAGUAUCCUUUGCUGGAAUAUCAAACAAUCAAUUAUCAUUCAUAUGCAAUAUUGAUAGGACUCGAGGUGCGGUUGGCAAGGUUGGCGCUUUGGAACUAUCACUACAUCGUUGUCCUAUUCAUGGAGAUAACAAGGGAAUGGAUGACAGAUUCAUCAAUGAUAGAUUAAUUGAGGUGAAUGAUCAGUGUUACCUUAGCACUGGUACAAUCACUCCAUCAACAAUCAAACGAAACUCAUUGAUAUUCGAGAAUGGAUUCAAAUCCUUCAUAUCCUCUGGCAACUAUAAUAGUGGUUCAAUGGAUUCAUUCCCCAAGCUCUACUCCAAGAUCAACUUGGUACAUUUGUUGACCUUGACAAGCGAACAACCAAGAACAUACUUGGUUAGAUUGAUGAGUAUCGACGAUGUAUCAUCAAUCACAGUGGAUAUAGGAUUGGUGGCCCGUGGAAAUGGGUUUACCAUUGAAGAGAUCAACCUUGAUGGAUACUCCCCUUCAAAGGCCAAUGUCAAUUCCAAUCCAAUCUACAAGAUAGAUUCAAAGAGAAUACUAACUGGCACCGUUGGUAUCACUGACAAGGAUCCAGUCAGCUCAGUCAGCUCCAAGCAAUGUAUCCUAGGACCAUUGGAGAUCAAGACAUUCAUCAUUAGAACAAACUCUAAAUAA